AGCCGUUUCUACCCUGGCAUGUCUCCUGGCCAGCUCCUUGGCCCAUUAGAGUGAGUGUUCAUUCCUGGCUUCAUCCUUCGUUUGGCAUCCCACCAUCUCGGCAAUGUGAUUGUUGGCGUCCUGGUCGGAUUGGCGGUCUCCACAUGUGAUCCCGCCUAACGCCUAUCAUUUCUUCCAUUGUGCUUGGUCGCUUCCCGUGCACACUCCUUCAUGGAUCGCCCUUCCGCUCUCGCACCCGACUGUCGGCAUAUCGUGCAUGAGCGGUUAUCACCUGUUUCGCCACAUCCUUGCCGCCUUUCACGUCGAACGGCCUUCCACUAAUCACUCCUAUUCAGUCCCAAUGACUUCAAGUUCACCAAAAUGUCCUCGUCGGUAGAGAGCGACCGGGGUCCUAUCGUGAAUGCCCUGGCCAUGCUCGAGAGGCAAGAUGAGCUCUGUCGCGACUACACCUGCUGUGGACUCAACCUCACCGAUCUUCACGCCCUCGUCGAGCACUUCGAAGAGUGCCAUGUCGUUGUCCUCGACCCUUACGCUCCUCAGCAGCUCCCUCCUCAGACGUCCGCCGCUCUCCCCAACUCCGCAGGUCAGCAGGCUGUAGCGUCAUAUUUCCCCGACGGAGCCGGCGUUCCCUCUACUUCCUCGCAACAACAGCCCCAGCGCAUCCAGACUCAGCAGCAACAGCAGCAGCAGGCUAUCGCCUACCAGGGAUUCGACCCCGACGAUAUGGAACUAGACGUCGAUCAGAACGCCAGCGCCCCGUCGUCCGGAGCGCCCUCCCCUCCAGACACCCCCAUCUCCACCCCACUCUCCGGCUACCCUUCGCCCACCGCGUACUCCGCCGCCUCGUCCCCGCACCAGAGCCAGCCCGCGUCCCCCAUCUCGGCGUUCGAGACCGCGACCGUGCUGCCUUCGCGCAGCGCCCACUCGGCCGCCCUCGGCGGCUUCCGCUCGAGCAUGGGCGGGGCCCCCGCGGGGUCCGCGGCGCGCGCCGAAGACGCGUUCAACGCGUACGCGGGCUACUCCGACUACUCGAGCCUCCUCCCCGGCGCGGCGCCGCUCGGCUCCGGGCCCAACGCGAUGUUCAUGCAGCAGGGCAUGACGCUGGGUGCGAUGAACGGCGGCGGCAGCGCGAGUCAGAACGGGCAGACGGUGUGCGCGCCCACGGCGCUGCUCCUCAGCGGGAGCGCGGGCAACACGCCGGACAGCACACCCGCGUCCUCCCGCGUGGCUUCGCCGAUCCCGGGCGGAUCUGGCGCGGGGUACAGGAACGGCGCGCCGAACGCGCACGCGUCCUCCUCUUCGUCCGGCGCGGGCGCGUCCGCGUCCAGCUCGGGCGCGAAUGCGAACGCGGGGGCUUCGACGGCGCGCGCGUCGACGACGCUGUCGCGGCCCGCGUCGUCGCUGCUGCUCUCGAAACCGUUCAAGUGCCCGAAGCCGAACUGCAACAAGUCGUACAAGCAGGCGAACGGGCUCAAGUACCACAUGACGCACGGGAGCUGCAACUUCGCGCCGCCGAAGGACCUCGAGCACCUCCAGGAGCUGCUCGCGAGCAAGCGCAGCGAGAAGGCGCGCGCGCAGGGCGGCCAGGGCGCGACGGGCGCGGAGGGCGAGGUCACGCUGAGCGACGCGGAGCUGCGCGAGGUCGAGAAGGAGGCGGAGCGGCGGCUGAGGCCGUACGCGUGCGGCGUCGGCGAAUGCCAGAGAAGGUACAAGAACAUGAACGGGCUGCGGUACCACUACCAGCACUCGGGCGACCACGGCGCGAUCGGGCUCGCGCUGCUCGCGAGCGGGCAGCACGAGUGCCUGCAGCACAACCGGUCGCGGCACGCGACACCGUCGCACUCGGCGUCGAACUCGGUCUCGGGCACGCCGAGCCAGCCGCGGACGCCCGCGCCCCAGCAGUCGUUUGCGGGGCAGCAGCAGCAGCAGGCCCAGCAGGCCGCGUUCGCGCAGCCGCCGACGUACCAGAGCGCGAUGGCGAGCCCGCCCGCGUACGCGUACCAGCCGCAGCAGUAUGCGCAGUACGCGCAGGCGCAACAGUAUGUCGUUGGCAUGCAGCAGCAACAGCAGCAGCAGCAGCAGCAGUGAGCGUACGGUUGCUGGUCUGUGUUCCGUUUGGUCUUCGACACGUUGUCGUCGACGCCGUCCGGCGUGUGCUCUGUGCUCCAUUUAUACUGCUACGUCUCCUGCCCGCCACGGUGUCCCUGCUGUCCUCUGGCCGGCCAGCUACGGUUCCCCUGCUGUCAUUUCGCCGGCCAGCCAGCCUCGACGAGGGACAGGAGGGGUCGUUUACAUCUCUGCCGCCUUUUUUUCUUCCGCUCGCUCGCUCGUAAUGCCAACUCUACUGCCUGGUCGCACAACAAAAGUACAGGUACAUCGCGCGAUAUAGCGGCGUACAUAAUUAGAGUACCUUUACUUCCCUUACCUACGUACGUAGUUCGUCUUGUGUCCCUCUCCCCUCUCGUUCGUGUCUUUCGGUCGUGCAGUGUGUAUAGUCCGCCUCUCGUUCUGCGCUGUCGUAUUCGAUCUCGAUUUUCUUUCUCCUGUCCGCCCCGGUUUCUCUCACCUCUCACUGUAUAAUUUGUCCCUGUCCCUGUCUCUGUCUUGUCUCCGCCUGUGUCCGAAUUUCCUCUCUAUCUCUCUUGCGAUGCUCGACACUUACAUAUCCUCGUCGAGACCAGUGUCCCAUCCGAUCCCACGUUGCUCCCUCCCCCCCC